AUCAAGGUUUAGAAUCGGAGUAUUUAGAAUCAUCAUAUAAAGAACCAUCGUCUCCACAACUAUCAUCUCAGGAGCAAUCGUCUCAAGUACCAGCACCAGCACCUCAAGCAUUCUUACCUAAAACACCACCACCUCAAGCACUAUUAUUGUCUCAAGUAUCAUUAUCGCCUCAACCGCCUGGUUAUCAAGUUACCGGGACAUUUGUUUUGUUUACGCACUUAGUACCAGACCCAAAAGGCAGUGGAGUAGUCAUUUGGGUCCCUCAUGAAAACACACCUCUAAGUUUAUCUUAUAAUCCUAAUCCAAUAACUACCAUUUUAGAUGCUGGUAGUAGUAAAAUAACAUAUCCGCCACAUGGUGUAGUCAUGCAUCCUUCCUAUGACGGUAAAUUUUCUGUAGCGAGGUUUACUGCACCGACGAAUGGGAAUUAUAUUCUAAGCGUCAUGUUCACGCAUGUUGAUGAUCAUGCAAAUUUUAUACAUACGGGUGGUUAUAUCGUAUACAAUAAUUCCUUGACACUUUGGGAAACUGACUUAUUUGGUAUCGGUGAUUUCAAAUCGUACAAGUCGACUAUCACUGUCAGAGAAAAUGAAACUAUCGACUUCAUUAUAGGAAAUGGUCUAGACAAC